CAGUCUCUUCUGCACACUCUGAUGAAGCUGAAGAAGGAUGAGAAGUUGAAACUGUUUCAGAGCCAUCUGAGUCAGGAUUGCCCAGAAUGCUUUCAGAGUCUGUCUGAAGAUCCUUCAGUGCUGGAUAGGUUUAUGAAGAUGAAGGAAUUGUUCAAGAGUCAUAAAAUUGCUGAUUACCCAGAAUGCACUGAGAGAGAGCCGGAAGAUCCUGAGGUCCUGUACAUAGUUGAGAAGAUGCUGGAGACCUGUGGCAGUGAGAGAUCUCUGAAGAUCACACUCCACAUCCUGAGGAACAUGAAGCAGAAGGAUCUCACUGACUCACUGGAGAGAGAUGAGCAGUACAAUGAAUCCAUAGAAAGAGCCCAGCUGGCUCUGAAAACUCAUUUGAAGAGGAAGUUCGAAUGCAUAUUUGAAGGUUUAUCAAAGCAGGGCCAUCCAACCCUGCUCAAUAAUGUCUAUGUAGAGCUCUACAUCACAGAGGGGGGAAGUGGGGGGGUCAAUAAUGAACACGAGGUUAGACAGAUUGAGACAUCCAAGAGACAAACCACACAGGAGACUGCAAUCCUCUGCAAUGACAUCUUUAAGCCUUUACCUGGACAAGAGAAACCCAUCAGAACUGUGCUUACGAAGGGCAUCGCUGGCAUUGGGAAAACAGUCUCUGUGCAGAAGUUCAUUCUGGACUGGGCAGAAGGAAGAGCCAAUCAGGACGUUGACCUCAUCUUCACUCUUCCUUUCCGAGAUCUGAAUUUGAAGAAGGAAAUACCAUUCAGUCUGAUGCAACUUCUGCAGCACUACUUUCCACUACUGAAAGAAAUCCAAAGUGUUAAAGGUGAUGAAGUCAAAGUUGUGUUUAUCUUUGAUGGUCUGGAUGAGUGUAGACUUCCUCUAGAUUUCCAAACCAAUGCGAUCUGCUGUGAUAUAACAGAAUCAUCAUCACUGGAUGUGCUGCUGACCAACCUCAUUAAGGGCAAUCUGCUUCCCUCUGCUCUCAUCUGGAUCACCUCCCGACCAGCAGCAGCCAAUCAGAUACCUCCUGAGUGUGUCCACCGUGUGACAGAGGUACGAGGGUUCAAUGACCCACAGAAGGAGGAGUAUUUCAGGAAGAGAAUCAGAGAUCAAAACAGGGCCAGCAGAAUUAUCUCACACAUAAAGUCAUCCAGGAGUCUCUACAUCAUGUGUCACAUACCAGUCUUCUGCUGGAUUUCUGCUACUGUUCUGGAGACAAUGUUGGGUAAAGUAGAGAGUGGAGAUCUGCCCAAUACUCUUACUGCGAUGUACACACACUUCCUUCUUAUUCAGACUAAUUUGAAGAAUCAGAAGUAUCAUGGCACUGAUGAGACAGACCCAAAGGAGAUGUCAGCAUCAGAUACAGAAAUCAUCCUGAAACUGGGGCAACUGGCUUUUCUACAUCUGGAAAAAGGCAAUCUGAUAUUCUAUGAGGAGGACCUGAGAGAGAGUGGCAUUGAUGUCAGUGAAGCUUCACUGUAUUCUGGAGUGUGCACAGAGAUCUUUAAAGAGGAGUGUGGGUUGGGUCAGGAGAAGGUCUACUGCUUUGUGCAUCUGAGCAUUCAGGAGUAUCUGGCUGCCUUGUUUGUGUUUCAUUCAUGUGUAAAUGAGAAAAGAAAUGUACUCAGACUGGGAAUGGAAAUAUCCCAAGAAGCACCUGAAGAAAAUGGUGAAGAUGAGAAAAAAAAGAAGACUGAUGGUGACAGUGUGCAGCUGUCUGAGUUACACAGGUGUGCAGUGGAUCAGGCCUUAAAGAGUAAGAAUGGACACCUGGACCUUUUCCUUCGAUUCCUUCUUGGCCUCUCUCUGGACUCCAUUCAGGCUCUCUUAGGAGGAAUACUGACACAGACAGGAAGCAGAUCAACUAGCAUUGAGAAAACAGUCCAGUAUAUUAAGGAGAGGAUCAGAGAAGAGUCUUCAGCAGAGAGGACCAUCAAUCUGUUCCACUGUCUCAGUGAACUGAAUGACAAUUCUCUAGUGCAGGAAAUCCAGAAUUCCCUGAGAUCAGGAAAACUGUCUCAUACAGAGCUGGGACCAGACAAGUGUUCAGCUCUGGCCUUUGUCUUACUGAUGUCAGAGGAGAUCCUGGAUGAGUUUGACAUGAAGACCUACAACACAUCAGCAGCAGGUCAUCAGAGACUGGUACCAGUAGUCAGGAACUGCAGGAAGGCCAUACUGAGCAGCUGUGACCUCACAGAGAAGUACUGUGAUAUUGUGGCCUCAGCUCUCCAGUCAUCAAAAUCACCCCUGAUAGAUCUGGACCUCAUCUACACUAACCUGGGAGAUUCAGGAGUGAGGCUGCUCUGUGCUGGACUGAUGAGUCCAAACUGUAAACUACAGAGACUGGACCUCAGCUACAAUAACCUGGGAGAUUCAGGAGUGAAGCUGCUCUGUGCUGGACUGAUGAGUCCAAACUGUAAACUACAGACAAUGGGAUUGAGUAGCUGUGACCUCACAGAGAAGUCCUGUGAUAUUGUGGCCUCAGCUCUCCAGUCAUCAAACUCACCCCUGAGAGAUCUGGACCUUAGCUACAAUAACCUGGGAGAUCCAGGAGUGAAGCUGCUCUUUGCUGGACUGAUGAGUCCAAACUGUAAACUACGGACACUGGGGCUGGGUUGGUGUAAUCUCACAGAGGGCUGCUGUGAUGUUCUGGCCUCAGUCCUGCAUUCUCCUCACUCUGAGCUGAGUGAUCUGGAGCUCAGAGACAACGAGCUGCAGGAUUCAGGAGUGAGAGCGCUCUCUGCUGGACUGGAGGACCCACACUGUAAACUGCAGAGACUGGGGCUGUCAGGCUGUAGAGUCACACAGAGAGGCUCCAGAGAAGCAAGUUGGGCCCUUUCCUUCCGGGUGUCACGACCGGGCUUGAACCCGCGACCUCGCGUUCCCGAGUCCUGCUCGCGAUCCACCCUGCCGCGGCGGCGCCCCCUUUUUCUCUUCUCGCCCGCGAGCCCCUCCUUUCUCUACAGAGAAGAAUGA